GUCAAAAUCGUCAAAAUCAAGGUAAUGGGGGGCGUGGACUAAGACUAAAUUAAACUUCUUUACUAUUUUGUUUAUAAAAAAAUUAUAAUGGAAACAGAAAAUAUUCAUAAAUUUGCCCCAAAACUGCACAAAAAGUACUUAUUAUUCAUAUUAAAUGGUAAAUUGCCAUCUUCUAACAGCUCAAUGGACACAAAUAGAUCGGUGCUUAUGUACUUUGCUGUAUCAGGCUUGGAUAUAUUAGGAGAAAUUGAGAAUAUUCCAAAAGAAAGAAGACAGUCAAUUAUAGAGUGGAUAUAUUCCUUACAGGUUGUUAAUGAAGAUGAACUAGUAAGUGGUUUUCAAGGAUCAACAACUCUAAAUACAGUUAACAAUAAAGAAACACAUGGUAUUUAUAAAUGGUCCCAUAUAGCCAAUACAUAUGUAUGUUUAACAACUUUAUUAAUACUUGGAGAUGAUUUGAAAAAAGUCAAUAGGCAGGCUAUUUUAAAUAGUCUUAAAACAUUACAGUUACCAGAUGGAUCAUUUAAAGGUGCUAAAGAUGGAGUAGAAAGUGAUAUGAGGUUUUCAUAUUGUGCAGCAUGCAUUUGUUACAUAUUGGAUGAUUGGAGUUGUAUAGACAUAGAUGCUAUGGUAGAUUUUAUAUUGAGCAGUAUUUCAUAUGAUGGAGGAAUUGGUCAGGGACCAGAACUGGAAUCACAUUCUGGCUCAACAUUCUGCGCAGUCGCAGCCUUAGCUUUAAGCAACAACCUAGACAAACUAUCAAAAGCACAAUUUCAUGCAUUAAGACGUUGGCUUUUGUUCAGAUUUGAUGGAGGAUUUAGUGGUAGACCCAACAAACCUAUUGACACAUGUUAUUCCUUUUGGACUGGUGGAGCCUUGAAAAUUUUAAAUGCCUACGAUUUUAUUCAUAAUAGCAAUAACAAUCAAUUCGUUCUAAUGACCCAGGAUAGGUAUGGCGGUUUUUCCAAGUGGGUUAAUGUAGUACCGGAUCCCAUGCACACAUAUCUUGGAUUAGCGGGUUUAAGUCUAAUGGAUUUUUGCGGUUUGAGUGAAAUGUACUGUGAAUUAAACAUUACUAAAAGGACAUUUGAUCAUCUUACAGAUAUUCAGGGGACAAUAAAUUAGUCUUAGAAGAUUUUAUUUUAAUAAGAAAAAAAUGUCAGUUUUUAUUGAUUAAAUUUAAAACACAAAAUAUUUUGUAAAAUUUGAA